AGGUAAAAAACAAACAAACAAAAAUCGAUAUUGUGGAAAGAGAGAAUGCAGGCAAGGAGGAUAAGAAAGAAAGCAUAGCAAAGAGAGAGGGAGGAAUAAAGUAACGGGAAGUUAGGUAAUGGUCUUCCACAGGAAAUGGAGUUAGUUGUAGGGGCGGAUUGCUCUGCUUUGAAAUACAUAGAUAAAGGUCGCCACUGAGAAAGAGAGAGGGAGAGAGAGAGAGAGAGAGAGAGAGAAAGGGAGGGUUUCAGUAUGUGAGCAAAGAAGGAAUUCCCCCGCCUCUACUGCCCGGGCCAAGAAGUAGUGUGUGUGUGAGUGUGUGAGAGUGUGUGAGAGAGGAUUGCAUGCAGAAAGGCUUGUCUGGGCAAAUUGCAGAGUGCUCCUCACUAUUUCCAUGCUGCGCUGUAAGCCUACAUUGUGUUUAUCCUACAAUAUGGCCUCCUGUUUUCAAUAUGUACCUGGUAUGGAUGUAGGUCUUGUAUAAUAGUCUCUGGAAUAAGGUGGGCAAGUGCCGAAGUCGCGCAACGAACACAAGACAGGAUGAGAGUGAGAGGGCCUGGCAGAGAAAGAAAAUAGAGAGAAAGGAAAGGAGGAGGAAAUAACGCGGCAGUGCAAGAGAGGGACGUCAAGGAGAAUCUCUGGGAUAAAUAAAUAAAAGAGUUGUUUGGAGAAAAAGCAACUAGAUGAAAAGAUGAAGCCAAUAAAAAAGCGCUCCCCUCCCUCUACCCGGGCUAAAGGAGGAAAGCGGCGAGGAGCGGGGGAUACCCUGGAAGGAGGAGAGAAGAGAGACUCAGAUGAGAACAGAGACAGAAGCAGAUCUCCGCAAAACCGAACUCCCUCCUCCUCGUUAUCUUCUAACUCACAUUCAGAGUCUCCUCAGGUGGACGCAUCCAGAGCGCGAGACUCUUCAGAUGGGGAGGGGCUGUCAGAAGCGACAGUGAUGGGGAAACUGUCAUCAUCCUCCGAUGACAGAUCGGGGAGGUCUGCUGCGAGCAGCGGUGGUGGCAGCAGCCACUGUGACAGCAGUGGCAGCAGUUGUAGUAACAGUAGUACACCAAGCGCCAACAACAGUCCAAACCCCGCCUCCAGCCGGAAAACAGCCACCUUCAAGGCCCGCGUCCCCAAAAAGAAGUACACCUCCGAACACUGCUCAUCUAAUACUGCUGGUAACCAUAGCAACCCUGCAUCUAGCACGCCCCCUCCUUUUUCUCUGAGCCAGGAGUCAGCGGGUCCAGGAAUCGACAUCAGCGUCUCGCAUUCUGACGGAAGCGGUCAGAGUAGGAGCUUGAUGGAUGACUUCCAUAGUCGGACCACCAGCAGGGAGGGGUCUCAGGACUCCCCAGGACCGCCAACCCUGUCGCUUGGAGGGGAAAAACCCAGAGGAGGCGAAGGAGUGACAGAUGCAGAGCAGGUGUCCCCAAGCCCGCUGCCCCGCUGCUCCUCAACAGACACAGCCAGCGAGCACUCGGCUGACCUGGAGGUAGUUGGUGACACACCCCCUCAGAUGUCAACACACAGAAUGUCUAGUCUCCCUGACGCACUGUCCGAUGCUCUGGCCAAAGGGCUGAAGAAUCAGCGGAUCCUUGCCCGCCAGCUCAGGAGAAGAAGUGAUGAGGAGGGAGGAAGUGACAGGAGGCACGACUUGGUAUUCCGGGCUGGCGUGGUCCGUAACGUCAGUGGUGAAUAUGGAAGCCUGGAGGUGCAGCUGAACGGGGAGAAGACGUUAUGCCGCUAUCCAUACCGACAUGAUAGCCCCCCAGGGGUGGUGGACAUUAUCCUAGAUGCCCCACCUCCUGGUGUGCAUCAAGUACCUAUAGGCACCCGUGUCUGUGUACCAUUUGGCAACGAGGAGGGCAGCGAGGGCCAAUGGCAAUGGUACCGAGAAGGUGUGGUGACACAGGUAGACCCACACCCUGCGGUGGCUAACCGCUACCGUGUCCUGCUGUCUGAAGAAAGGCCUCACUCUCUAGAUGAUGAAGAAGACGGCAGGGGUGCUCCCCAGGCAGUAUGGGUCUCCAGACAAACACUCCGGCUUCUGGUGCCACCCUGGGACUUGGAUUUGCCUUCUGCUGGUGGACAUGAAGUAGAAGAGGGGGUAAGAGACAAGGAGAGAGAGCGGGAGGAAAGGGAAGAGAUGGAUGUGGAGGUGAGCCGUUUGAGUCGAGGAAUGACCCCGAGCAUGGGAUCAAUGUUAGGGAGAGGAAUGCCCUACCCAGGAAUGGUUCCCGUUUCCUCCACAUCGGGCCACAGCAUCACCUCGCCCGUUACUCCGACUUCAGUCCUCAGCUUGGCUCCUGGGCGAGAGAGGGAAAUCGAGAAGGACUUGGAGUGGGAGUCACAGAGAAACCAUGGAAGAGAGAGGGAAAGACAGCGAGAAAGGGAAAACAGUGUACAGCAGCAGUAUACGCCCCUCACCCCUGAAGAAGACAUGGAAGUGUCCGGCUUCAACAUGGUCCAAAUGGGGCAGAUUAUAUCUGCGGGCAAGCCUAUGGCAGUUCCCCAACAUCGUCACAUUGUUUCUAAGACCCCGUCUGGCUACCUCAACCCCCAUCCCCACUUGUCUGUGGUGCGGGGCAUCGGGAUUCCCCCUGCUCACAUGACCUUGAAUCCCCACCCCUCUCCUUCACCUGUCCUGUUAGGCCUUGACCCAGCAGCUGCAGCAGCCGCAGCAGCUGGAGCUGUCAUUACCACCCCUCAGCUCCAUCCUCUCCCUCCCAUCACCUCUUCCACUACAUCCUCCUCCAGAGUGGAUAAGACAUCGGGGGGAGGUUCUGCCAGCAGUGGAGCAGGUGGUGGAUCCGGAUCAGGUUCGACCUCCUCCUCCUCGUCACGUUCCCGGACUCCACUGACAGCUGCCCAGCAAAAAUACAAGAAGGGAGACGUGGUGUGCACGCCGACAGGCAUCCGAAAGAAGUUCAACGGGAAACAGUGGAGGAGACUGUGCUCUCGGGAGGGCUGCUCCAAAGAGUCCCAGCGGCGAGGGUACUGCUCCAGACACCUCUCCAUGAGGACCAAGGAGAUGGAAGCCGGUGGAGGGGGCCGGGAUCGGGGCGGCGCCAGCAGCACAGGGACCCUAACACCAUCUGACCUCCGACUCAGCGGUGGGAGAGCCAGUUCAGAGUUUGACUGGGAUGAGACAUCACGGGAGAGCAGUGAGGCCAGCAGCCGUGGAGGAGACUCUCGACCCCGCCUCGUCCUUCCCUCGCUGCUCCCCCAGGACCUUUCUCGCUUCGACUUCGAUGAAUGUGAGGCGGCGACCAUGCUCGUCUCUCUCGGGGGCUCUCGUUCUGGCACGCCUUCAUUCUCCCCCAUCUCCAACCAGUCACCCUUCUCACCCACACCAUCCCCAUCACCCUCUCCGCUCUUCGGUUUCCGCCCUGCCAAUUUCAGCCCCAUCAAUGCUACUGCCUCACUUACCCCACGCCGCCCCCGACAGCUAAGCGGCACUAAGAUGGGUACGCCAGGCGCAGAGAGAGAGCGCCAUCUGUCAGGGAUUGUGCCCACUUUCCAGACUAACCUGACUUUUACAGUCCCGAUGAGCCCCAGCAAGAGGAAGUUCGACUCCCACCCGCCCCCACCGCUACCUGCUGUCCAGGACUACCAGACCAAACCUGAACAACAGCAGCUGGUGGGUGUUGGGGGUGGGGUGGUGGGAGACCCACCCAUGGGCCACAGCCCUGCUGCCUUCAGAGUGCUCUCCCCCCAGAGUCAGCCCACAACCCCUUCCUCACUUUCCUUCCCUCGUCCUCGUAGCGCCACCAGCAGGCCACCAUCCUCUGCCGCCUCCACGCCUCCACCCAUGUUAGUCUCUCCAACUCCUCCUUCACCACUUCCCCAGGAGCCGUCCCCACGCCGCAUCGUGCCCCUCCGGGACUCCCCAGUCAUUGUACGCAACCCAGAUGUCCCCUUGGCCAAAUUCUCCGAUGGCCCGUCAGGAAAGAGAGAGAGAAGCAGGUCGAGGGAGCACAGCCAGCACACAGCUCCCCCAGGCCUGCAGGCCCCCGUCCCCAUCAACGGGGCAGCCACCAAUGGGGCAGUUCUCCUCCGCAACCCCACAUCCACGCUCGUCCUGGUCACAUCCAGCUCGUCCUUGACUCCAGCCACAGGGGGCCACGCUUCCCUCUCCAGCCCCUCCACUCCUGGGUCCAUGUCUUCUUCAUCAAGCUCUGUGUUCUCCUCGUCUGGUUCCGGAGGCAGGGAGAGGAAACCCGAAGGGCACCAGGACGCGAGUGGAGGGGCGCUGCCACAGCCGGUAGCCUGUCAUCCCACACCAACAGCCCUGCUGCCCCUCAUACUGCCAGCAGAGUCGCCUCACCCUGCUCCACGCAAGCAGAUCAUCAUGGGACGCCCAGGGACCGUUUGGACCAACGUGGAGCCUCGGUCGGUGCCAGUGUUCCCUUGGCAUUCGCUGGUCCCUUUCCUGGAGCCCAGCCAAUCGGGAGCGGCUGCCCAGCCCGUUGAUGGCCAACAGCUUGUCAAUCAGAGCAAAGAGCCUCGCUGUGGUGUAGCUCUGGUGAGUGACGGGCGGUCAGGUCCUCCAGACCUGGAGAGAGGAUCGCCAUCAUGUCCACCCCCAACGAAUGACAAUCCUCCUACAGACAGGGGUGGGGUGGACAGCGAGAUGGAGAGUGACACAGAUGACCCAUUUUCCCCGGGUUUGGCCAACGAUCCAUCGCCUUCCACUGGAACCAUUAAGAGACGCACACAGUCCCUCAGUGCACUGCCUAAGGACGGAGACAGAAAGAGGGAGAAGGACCACAUCCGCCGUCCCAUGAAUGCCUUCAUGAUCUUCAGUAAACGCCACCGGGCCCUGGUGCACCAGCGACAUCCCAACCAGGACAACCGCACAGUCAGCAAGAUCCUGGGCGAGUGGUGGUACGCUUUAGGGCCCAAUGAAAAGCAGCAGUACCAUGAUCUGGCCUUUCAGGUGAAAGAGGCCCACUUCAGAGCCCACCCAGACUGGAAGUGGUGUAACAAGGACCGCAGAAAGUCUCUGUCAGAGGGCCGGGGUACCCCAAAGGAGCCACGGGAGAGGAGCAUGUCAGAGAGCAUAGAUGCCCACUCAGAGUCCCAGGUGCUGGAAGGGAAGGGGGGAGGCUCGGGAUGGCCAGGGGCAUCGGAGCGUCGAGGAGGGAUGUUUGGGGGGCCGUCUCACCGUCCCCGAGCCUUUUCCCAGAGUGCAGUGCACACCCUGGAGCAGAGGGAGUGGGAGAGAGACCUGGAGAAGGAGGACGGCGCAAGUUUGUUUCGCGGCCGUCCGCCGCCUCAGUCGCUGUACCAGGGUGGGGCCAGCGAGGACGUGACUAGCGAUGAGGAGCGCAUGGUCAUCUGUGAGGAAGAGGGAGACGAUGAUGUCAUGGAAGAUUCAUGUCCUGAAGGCUCCAUCGACCUCAAGUGUAAAGAGAGGGUGACAGACAGCGAUGAGGAUGAACCCGAUGGACAGCAUGGCUUCCAGCCUGUGGCUCGCUCCUCUCUCCCCUCCUCCUCUCCCUCCAUCAUUCACUCCGACUCCUCCUCGGCUAAAGGGAACGGUGGCGGUAACGGAGGAGGUCCUGAAGACGGGUCAGAGAAGAAGAGAAAGAGAGGCGCAGACGGAGGAGAGGAUGAGAGCGAUGGAGCCCUAAAGACAGAGCAAGCGGCAGCGGGUGGAGGAGAAGGAAAUGGAGGAGGUGGGCAAGGUGUCGCCUCUCUCUCCAUCACCCAGCCUCCUCCACCGCUGGCUCAGCAGAGUUUGACCCCGGUCGGCGUCCGCAUGGCCCCCACGAUGGUGACCAACGUCGUGCGCCCCAUCGCCAGCACGCCCAUCCCCAUCGCCAGCAAGCUGGUGGAAGGAGCCAUCACCCUCAGCACCCUGCCACAGGACAAGAAAGCCACUCUCCUGAUUGGGGGUGGAGGUGCUCAGCAGCUGCCGAUCACAGCAGGGGGUGGGUACCUGUCGUCCUCCUCCCCUGGUCCAGUCAGUGUAACCCCUGUAGGAGGCAGCAGCCUGCUCACUAGCCUAGGUCUGGGACCCGCUCAAGCAGUGGAGCUCCUCUCCCUACACAUCCAAAGCCCCCUACCUGUCCUCCAGCUCCACCCCACUGCUGCCACCACCUCCUCUCUCACACCUCCCGCCUGCCCCACGACCCCGGGACAGGCGCAGUACAUCCUGCCCACCGAGAGCCCCUCCUCCCCUCAACUCACUCACCAGCAAAUCCUCUCCCUGCCCGCAAAUGCCGCCCUGGCCAAUGGCGUGCACUCGGGGGCGGGAAUCAGAGUCAGCCCCGGGACUAGAGUCCAAACCCAGUCGCCAGUCUUGCAGAGCAAGAUGUUGGUUCCCAUGGCAACAGUGAGAACCGGGUCUACUCCUCCUCAUCCUUCAAUUUCCCUGGUGGCUCCGCCUCUUCCUGUGCAGAACGGCCCUGCGACAGGAAACAAGAUCAUCCAGAUCGCUUCCAUGCCUGUUGUGCAGACCAACGUCCACCCUAGCGGUGCAGCAACAGUACAUCCUGGGAGCCCCUAUCCUGUUUCCGUGGCAACGGUGAUGACUCCCGGUGCUGCGCCCCCACAGACAGUUCUCCUGACCUCUCCACCCACCAGGAUCACGUAUGUUCAGUCAGGUCCAGGUGUCACCACGGCAACGCACCAGCAGGGUCCACAACCCCCUGGUCCUGCAUAUCUCCAGUCUUCUCUGGCAACCCUGGGCUUCACCGCCAUCGCCCCAGCUCCACAAACCCUGGUUCAGCCAGUCGUUGGUCAGCCUCCGCUACUUGCCCCAGCUCAGCCUCUAAGCUGUCAAUCACAGAGCUCUCCGGGACAGACAGCGGCCACCACCGGUCGUCAGGUACUAACUGCCAUCUACCCUGCACCACCCGUUGCUCUGCCCACUGGUGUGGUCUCAGUGACGCCUGUGCCGCCUGCAGGGGCGGCUCCAGCUCAGGAUGUGGCGAACCCUCCCUCUCCACUGGCUGUAGGGCUGCAGGGUUCAGCGGUGGCGACCCCUCAGCCUGGCAUGGGAACAGAGGUGGAGGUGAAGCACGAGAGCCAGCUGGACGCUCAGAGUGACGCUCAGGGGUUGUCGAGCUGUGUCACCAGCUCCUCGACGGGCACCUGUACAAGCAGCAUCAUCGCAGUGAAAAAAGAGGAGGACACCACUUUGCGCAUCAAGGAAGAAAAUUUGAGAGAUGGAUAUGAGAGAGAGAAACAAAGUGAGAUGGACGACGAGCGAGAGAGCUGUGACAAGAAGCGAGGCAGAGAGACGGAGAGAGAGGAGCUCAGCACGGGCAACAGCAGCAAAGAGGCUGGACCUCGUUCCCCACCUCCACCACCACCCUCAGGUUUGGAACCCCCUCCUCCUCCACCUGCAGAAAGAGAUCCUCCCUCUUCCUCAAAGAAGACCAAGUUUCGGCCCCCGCCACUCAAAAAGACGCCUGACCCUCAUGACAAGCUCCUCUCGGAGACGUACUUUGAGGAACGCUUUGCUGAGCUGCCAGAGUUUAACCCAGAGGAGGUCCUUCCCUCGCCCACUCUGCAGAGUCUGGCCACCUCACCGAGAGCAAUCCUGACCAGCUACCGCAAGAAGAGACGCAACUCCACGGACCUUGAGCUGACUGGGGAAGACCCGAGCUCCCCGAGGAGAAAGACUCGUCGCCUGUCCAGCUGCAGCUCAGAGCCCAACACCCCCAAGAGCGCCGCCAAGUGUGAGGGAGACAUCUUUACCUUCGACAGAGCAGGUCCAGAAGGCGAGGUUCCCCCGGGAGAAUUAGACAGGGUUUCGUACUCGUCUCUGCGCAGAACAUUGGAUCAGCGUCGGGCCCUUGUCAUGCAGCUGUUUCAUGACCAUGGCUUCUUCCCCUCAGCUCAGGCCACAGCUGCCUUCCAGGCGCGCUACUCAGACACGUUUCCCAACAAGGUGUGCCUGCAGCUGAAAAUCCGCGAAGUCCGUCAGAAGAUCAUGCAGACGGCCACGCCAGGAGCCUUCGAGUCCGGAGCGUUGGCCGAAGCCAGCCCUGCCUCUUCCCACAGCUCCUCUUUUAAUCAAUCAACCCGGGAGGAUGCAGGGGUGGAGCAGCAGGGAGACAAAGGGCGGAGCCCCGAGGAGCCGAAAAGCGAGGGAUCGUAAGCUGGAAAGGGCAACGAAGUAGAAGAAUGGAGGAAAGACAAAGAGGGAGAGAGAGAGGAGUGCGUUAACCAGUGAGGUCCUAUCUACUGGCGCUAAUCUCCAUCAGACCUGGGCAGAAAUGUGGAAUGUGGUCACAAAUUAUUCAAACUACUCAAGGCGCGCUUGGAUCAUCUAAUCAGACCUUAAAAAAAAAAAUAAAAAAGCCUCAAAUAUGGUCAAAUCACAUGCAAGUCACGAUGAGUCAAGUGCUUCUUGUAUUGUUUUCGCCGUUUAUUUUCCAAGUAUCCAGAUUAUCUUUAGUUAACCCUUUUGCCCGGGUCUGCUCUCAGCACAUUUGUACAGUAGUUUGUAGUUUGACACACAAACUCUGUGGUACACACUCUAUCUCUCUGGCACACACACACACACACAUGCAUACAGACACACACACCAGCCCUGGUGCAUAUGUAAUCUCCAGCAUGCACAUGAUCCCACAGAAACACACAUACACACUUAACAAUCAGACUGUUACUCUUGGUUGGCAGCCCCCAGGAGUUGCUACCAAGGACCAUGACACACAAAGGCACUUUGUCACUUAUUGUGCAGAUGCAGUUUGCUGUUGCCAGCCAGCCAGCCAGCCAGCCCUCAGAUGCCAUUGACUUGACCUCUUUCUCGUCCUCCCACUCCUCAGCACAGUGGUCAGGACAUAAAAACACAACCCCAACGACCUCCACUGAUAUUCCACAGCCCCUCGAUGCUGCAAGACAGACAGCACACACACAUACACAGUACACGCACACACACGAACACGCGUCCGUACAGCGUGAGUACACAAACACAGUCAAACACCACCACCACCCCCGCCCCUUGGUCUGACCAAGCCAUCGGCCUGCACAGUUUUUAGUGAUUGUAGUGAGAAGAGAAACUGAAAGCAUGAAAUUUUAUUCGCUCCUGAAAAGAAAAACAAAACAAAACAAAAAAAAAACAAAAACAAGAAGGCAGGAGUCGUGAUGUAGUGUGACCAAUCUUUGCACCUUCAGUUUAUCGCCAUUACGAAAGACUUGAGUCCUCACUGGCGGGAGCUGAUGAUCUAUAUGUCUGUAUGUCUGCCGGGGGUCAUGACCCCCAAAACCUGUGCAAACAGGCACCAUAAAGAGAUUAUGUAAAGAGACUUUUAGGUUGUGAGGCUUUGAAGAAUCAACGUUAAACUCGACACCGACCAGCUCCCAACAGAGCACGGAGAAAAAGGGCGGAAGAAGGAGAAACUGGAUGCAAGAUUCAUAUUCCAACGACAGGAAGACGUGACAGCGGUGAAUACGGACAACAUGACGAGAACCAAACUUCUCUGAAUCCCCCCCCUCCCUCCCCCCAUGGAUAUGAUGUUGCUUUCUCUCAUUAUCGUGGAAAUAACCAGUUUUACCGUGGCCUGUUUUUCUCUCUCGUGGCUCUAUUGUGUUUCUUCUCCAGCAUAAAAAAAAUAAUAACAACAACAACAAUGAAACUCUGGACAAAUAAGGGGACAAAAAUCAGCGUGUGCCCCGUCUCUCCCCUCCCUCCCCUUCCUCUACGAUUUCUCACCAGACACAGAAGCGGGGGAGCAGGGGCGUUUGUCGUUUUGUAAAACGUUGAAAUCAGGUGUUUGCACAAUUUGUGCGGCCCUCCCCGUCUGGGGGCCGCCACAAGUUAAAUCAGGAAAGUAUUGUUUUUAGAGAUUGUUUUAGUAGUUAAAAAAUAAUAACUUGUUCCUUAUGUUAUCAAUCAUCCUUUUCCUCCCUCCCUGCUUCCCACCUCAGCCCUCUCUCUCUCUUUCUCCCCCCUUUACUGCUCUCCUCCCUCCGACCCUCAAGUGUUGUCUGAAAGUGCCCUUAAGCACUGGUCCCGGGUCAAGCGCUAUGUAGCUCAGGAUGGUUCUGGUUAGGGUUAGUUCAGGGAAAGCAGAUCCUAGACCAGCACUGGAGGGCAGUCUCCGGAGCCCUCCCCUUGUCCCUCUCUUCUCGACACUUUAUCCUUUCCCAUCAAAUGGUGCAAUAGGACUUUUUUUUGAAAAUGGGUGGGUUAUUUUUUUUUUUUUUCGGGGCAAGGCUCUGUGCCAUAGAUAUUAAACCCAGUCAGACAGUGAGAGGGAUGAGCUGUUGUCUAUAAGUAUGGUAUAAAAGAAAACAAAAAAGAAUCACGCAAUUAUUGUUCUUGUUGAAGCGAUAGAAAGUAUAACUUACUAAAAGUCAAAGACAAUUUUUAAAUAGCACUUUUUGGCUCUUUGCUUCUCGGGUGAAGAGUGGGGGUAGUUAUUAUUAUUAUGGGUAUCUCUAUAAUUUCUCUGUAUACAGUUGGAUGUGUGAAAAACAAAUAUAUAUACCGGUAUUUCCAUAUAUGUGCAUUUAGGUCUGUGUUUGGGUGUUGUGUGUAUGUUUUGGCACAUGCAGGUAGCGUGUUAUCACAACCAACCUCUCGUUCUUUCACCACGCAGCAACAUUAUCAAUAGUAUAUUUUUCAUUGUAUCUACAUUCUAUAUUCUACUCUAGAGACAGUAUUUUUAUAGUCACCAUGACUAUUUUGUCUGCCAUCUUGACUGUUAUCAAACCCAGUUGAUUCAGGAUAUAUGUGAAUAUAUAUAUAUAUAUAUAUAUAUAUAUAUAUAUAUAUAUAUAUAUAUAUAUAUAUAUAUAUAUAUAUAUAUAUGUAGAUAUAUAUAUAUCUAUAUAUAUAUAUAAAUACACGCAGGUAAGAAGAAGACUAUCAAUUCACAUUACUUUGGGGUUAGGGCUGUAAAGUGUCUGUCUGCAUGCAUGUGCAAUCACAUGCACGCAUGCACACACCCUCACAGACAUAUGUGCAUACACACACGUAUGCGUGUACACUGUAUGAUUGUGCUUAAAAAUAAACUGUCCUUACUUUGGAGAAGGAAAUUUUAGGAUGAGCGAUGUGAGUGUUAUCUCAUAAGCAGGCAUGUUGACCAUGUGCAAUAUUUCUAAACAACAAAAAAAAAAAGACUAAAUAUUGAAAAUAUUAAAGUUCUAACACAACGUCUUAUGUGCUUGCAUUUA